AUGAACAAAGCCUCACUGUACUCAAAAUACAGCGGUUUGCAAAAAAACGAUGCGUCUUUUGUAAUCGACAAUUACUUGAGACUCAUCAAGUGGAAGCCCAACGCGAAUAUUUUAGACAUCGGCUCGGGUGACGGUAAUGUAAUAUUCGAGCUUUUACUCCCGAAAAUCCCCAAACAUUUCGCCAAAUUCGUCGGAACGGACAUCUCCGAAGAAAUGGUCCUUUUUGCGAAAAAUCAGUGCAACGAUCCGAAAAUCGAUUUCCUACAAAUGGAUAUUUCGGCAACAAUUCCGCCCGAAUUUCACGAAUACUUCGACCAUAUUUUUUCGUUUUAUUGCUUGCAUUGGGUGGUGGAACAGAGGCAAGCCAUGAAGAACAUAUUCGACAUGCUGAAACCGGGGGGCGAAAUGCUCCUGACUUUCCUUGCCAGCAACCCGAUUUAUGACAUUUACGAACGAAUGGCUAAAUCCAACAAAUGGGGGCCAUACAUGAACAAUUUAAAAAAAUACAUCUCGCCCUAUCACCAUUCGGAGGAUCCUGAAACCGAGCUGGAGAAUUUGCUGAAAAAGGAAGGGUUUAUUACGCAUUUGUGUCGAGUGGAGAAUCGCUCGUACACUUUUCCCAGUUUUUCAGUUUUGUCAAAAUCGGUUUCAGCGGUGAAUCCGUUCAUUAAAAAACUGCCUGAAAACGAAAUUGACACCUACAUUGAGGAUUACCUCAAAGAGGUCAGGAAACUGAAGACGAUCACAAUCGAAACGUGUAACAAUAACGACAAUGAAGAGAAAAUACACGUGCCGUACAAACUCUUCGUUACAUUUGCCUCGAAACCGGUCUGA